CGGGCCUGCGCGGCGAGCCCAGCGCAGCGGCCCGCCGCCACGGGGCUGCGGAGCUGCCGGCGCGGCGAGGAGCGCCCCGGGGACGCGGCACCGCCGGUGCCCGGCGCCGCCGGCCGCCAUGGGGGAACAACCCAUCUACAGCACCCGAGCUCACGUCUUCCAGAUUGACCCAAACACUAAGAAGAACUGGGUUCCCACCAGCAAGCAUGCUGUUACUGUGUCCUACUUCUAUGACAGCACAAGAAAUGUCUAUAGGAUAAUCAGUUUGGAUGGCUCAAAGGCAAUAAUAAAUAGCACUAUCACCCCCAACAUGACAUUUACUAAAACAUCCCAGAAGUUUGGCCAGUGGGCAGACAGCAGAGCGAAUACAGUCUAUGGCUUGGGAUUUUCAUCUGAACAUCACCUUUCAAAAUUUGCUGAAAAAUUUCAGGAAUUCAAAGAGGCUGCAAGACUAGCAAAGGAAAAAUCCCAAGAAAAGAUGGAGCUAACAAGUACACCCUCUCAAGAAUCAGCUGGAGGGGAUAUUCAGUCUCCUUUGACUCCAGAAAGUAUUAACGGGACAGAUGACGAGAGAGCGACGCCGGAAGUGACGCAGAACUCAGAACCAAGGGCUGAACCAACCCAGAAUGCAUUGCCAUUUACCCAUAGUUCGACAAUCAGCAAGCAUUGGGAGGCAGAACUGGCCACGCUGAAGGGUAAUAACGCCAAGCUCACAGCAGCCCUGCUGGAGUCCACUGCCAAUGUGAAACAAUGGAAACAACAACUUGCUGCGUAUCAGGAGGAAGCAGAACGUCUUCAUAAGCGGGUGACUGAGCUAGAGUGUGUGAGCAGUCAAGCCAAUGCAGUCCACACACAUAAAACAGAAUUAAACCAGACAAUACAGGAGUUAGAGUCUACGCUGAAGAAAAAAGAAGAGGAAAUAGAAGGAUUGAAACAAGAAAUCGAAAAUGCCAGAGAGCUCCAGGCACAGAGGGAUUCUCUGACCCAGAAGUUACAGGAAGUAGAAAUUCGAAACAAAGACCUGGAAGGCCAGCUGUCUGAUCUAGAGCAACGUCUGGAGAAAAGUCAGAAUGAGCAAGAAGCUUUUCGCAAUAACUUGAAGACACUUUUAGAAAUUCUUGAUGGAAAAAUAUUUGAACUAACAGAGUUACGAGAUAACUUGGCCAAGCUAAUAGAAUGCAGCUAAAGAAAAUGGGAUUCCAGUGCCAAUCAGCUUAAAGAUGCACUGUCUCUCUUCAUAGGACUGUGUUGGGCUCUGCAUCAAAGUUGCACAAAAUUAGAAAAUGCUCCUCUGAGAGGGCUUGUUUUAAAUUUGAGUCGUAUUUCAAUGUAAAAUUCAGAAUUCAGCUUGUAGCUAGUUGAAAAAAAAAAAAAACCAAGAAACAAAAAAACUUGAAUUACAAAUUACCUCCUUGUACAUUAUUGGCCAUAGAUAACUUGAAAGAUAUUAACAGUAAUUGAAUGCAAUCCUUUUCUAAUUAUCAGUGAUGGAGGAAUUAGCAGUGUCCCAGGUCACAUCCCCUUUUUUUCUGGUAGACACAAUAUAGGUUAUCUGCUGUUUUAUUUAUUUAAGAUACUUAAUUGCUCCGUUUUGUGCAAGAACUUAGUGAUGACAGCCCUGUAUUUUGUUGUUCUUAAUAAUUUCUCAGGAUACUUUGCACUGCGGAGAAGCAGUGCCAUUACCAAUUUAUUCUUUCCAGGAGUGAGAGAGAUGCAUCUUUAAUUGAAACAAAGUUACUAUAACUGCUUGUAUAAAGUUCUUCCUUUUGGAGUUUUUUUGUUUGGUUGGUUGGUUGGUUGUUUUUUGGUUUUUUAUAUAUAUAUAUCUCUAAUGGAAGAUACCGUAUUUCUUUAUGGAGCUUACUCUGGUGUUCUACAAUAUUGUCCAAUGUAAGGUUUACUUUUUCAUAUGAAUUCCAUGUAAUUACAGUGAGAUACUAUCUUCCACUUAACUAUAUUUUGAAGCCAACCAAUGAUAGAAGGUGAGUCCCCCCAGGAAAAAAAAAAAAAAAAAAAGGCAAAAAACCUCUGAGAAUUUUAAAUGUAAAAUUUGACAUGCACAGAUAACGAGGAAUAGCCAGUCAUUUGUUUUCUGGCCUUGAUACAUAUGUCGAAUAUGUAUGUUCAAUUAACUGUUAACCUGUUCUGCAGGAGACUUUUUCAGAAUGUCACGUGCAUUUCAGGUUUUGUGAAUAAUGGCUUAUGGGGAGCAUUGUUUUAUUACAGAUUGCAUUAAGGGCAUAGAGCUAUUGCAAGAGAUUACUUGUACACUGAAUUUGUCCAGCCAAGAAAGCUGUUUCUAGAAGUUUUGUUGUCAUAGCAAAUUGGAAUGGAGACGUUUACUCUUUUAUGGGUCUUCAUAUCACAUCUUUAUUGAAACUACACCAGGCAAUAUUCUGAACUGUUAACUAAAUGUUUAAAAACAGGAAAUUGAAUUCAAUUAUCCUCAGUGAGCAGGUUUUAAAGUUGUUUUGAUGUAAUUUUAACAGACUUUUGGCAAACACACAUUUCUUUAUAUAAUAGAUUUAUUUAAACAAAAAGAACCUCUUUGAAAGGUAAGCCAAGUGUCACGUGUCUUGCAUCAAAGUACAUUCUUGCCAUAAAUUGCUUGUAAUGUUGAAGAGGGCUUUUUUAAAAUGUAUGAAUGAGUGUCAGACUUCUGAGUCGAAAGAUGCACGGACCUUUGUUUGCUCCCCAAAUUAAUUUGAAUGUUAAACAUGAAAUCUAGCUGCUUAUUAAAUUUGUACAACACAAUAUUCUCCACUGAGAGACUGCUAUUCAAAACUAGAAAAGAUAAGUUUGUUUUCAUGUGUGUACUGUGUGUAUAUACCAUAUAAUACACACAGGUUCUCAUUUAUAUUAGAAAUACAUGCUUUAUUUCUAAGAUACCAGUUUUUUUCUUUACCAGUGAUUUAUCAGGUUUCCCCUGACUAGUCAGGAAAAUGGUUUAGGUCAAAUGCUAAACCGUCAUGUAUUAUACUGUAUGUAAUGUACACAAUGUUUAAGUUUCCUCCAUAUUUUUAGGGUAUUUUCUCACCUGUUUUAUUUAUUGAAGGGAUGGGGGGAGCUUGGUUCAGCGUGCUACUCGUUGAAAACUUUGUGGUGAGCUACAUGUUUUUCAUUCAGUGGAUUUUAGGCCGUGAUGUGUAUAUCUUCAUCAGGUCCAGAUGAGCAUAUAUAACUAGUUUUUAAUUUACUUGGGGAUGUUUGGGCCUGAUUCUCCUGUCACUUGAGCUGCUGUAAACCACAUGUGUCCUUGAUGUGAUGCCAGCAUCGUGCAGUUGGCAUAGCAUCUGUGGAAGUGCAAGGAGAAUUUGGCCCGCUAAUGCUCAGUGGACAUAAUAAAGAUGAAGAAAAAGAAUAAAAACACAGAAAGUUGAUGAUGGAAUAAAUGUAAUAUUAUUUUUAAUGAUAAUAUUAUUGACAUUUUUAAAGCUAUGAUGUCAUUUACAUGUGGGGAAAUAGUGGACAGAAGUAUUUCCACUUAAAUUUUGUGACUAUGUGUGGUACAUGAGUAUUUCUAUGUAUACGUACACACACAUAUGUAUAUACAGAACAUGGAACAAUUUAGAUGUGCACAUUUUUAAUAUUUUCCUAUUGAAAUUAAAUUUAAAAUUGGAAAUUGAUACUUGAGAAUUUCUUUUCUCAUAGAGUAGAUAUGCUUCAUUUCUUUUCUUUUUUUUUUUUUUUUUUAAUAAUACAGUUACGGAGGGCUGCACCUUUGAAUUCCCAAAUAGUUGCCAAACAGAAAUAUGGGAUAAGGUGGACAUACGUGCACAUAUAAAUAAAAUCGUAUUGCUAAGACUAUUUUUAAUGUUUACAUACAGUAGAUGAGUGUUUAGAAAUUGUGAUCUAAAGUUCAUAUUUAGGUGGCUAUACCUACUGUAGCCUCUCCGCUUCUAUUUUAAGGUAAAAGCUUGCCUGUUUGAAACAUUACUUUCCCAGAGACAGGUAUCAUCCAUUGUAUCUAUCUUUGAGGAAACUAUGGGGAUAUGGAUAUGAGAAAACAGUGUUGAGUACUAUUGCAUGAAUAUAUCACCAUGACCUUGCACUGGAGGGGAGGGCAGUCACAUCGCAUAUAACUUGUUAUAUGGCAACUACAGUCUCGUAAAAGGAAAAAAAAAAAAAAAAGAAUUACCAAAAAACCUAACAGAAAUACCCAAAAAAAAAAAAAAAAAAAAAAACAGAAAAAGAAAAAGAAAAAAUACAGGUUUUUAUUUUGAAAUACACUUGCUGUUCUCUGGAGAAUGUACUUUUACUCUUUCUUUUUUUUCCUUAAAUCUUUUUCAAGUAUGUGCAAGUGAUAGCAGCAGCUACCUUAAUCUUUCAGGUGCUACUGGAUUUUGCAUUAGUGUGUUAUGUUGUGAAAUCCUGACUUUGACAUAAAAGAUUUUUGUAAGUAUAUCCCCGUCUGGAUAGUUAGUUUUUGGAGUGUCUUGUUCGUAAUCCAUAUGCCUCAAUGAUCCAGAAAUUGCAUUUUUCUAUGUGGAUAAAGUAAAACAUGUGAAUUAAUCUGUCUGUUACAGACUGGGAAUUCCUUUUCCUGGCUAAUACAUCCAGGAAAGAGGAGAACAAAAUGAACUGAUAAUGCAGAAAUGCUGUUAUAAGGUCUCUAAGAAAAUACAUUUUCAGGUAAAAUAUAAAUAAAUAAAGGGCUAAACCAGAUGUAACACAAAUAAGUAUCGUUUAAUGCUAUUGGUAGCAUUCCCAGGAUAAUUCCUUUAAAGAAAACCCUGCAAGAAUGAACAAUGCAUCAAUUAAAGAUUAAUAUUUUGGGAUGUGUCUUUUCAGUUGUCAAUUGUGAAAGCUUUCUGAUUUCUGCUCAUUUUUCUACCAGUUAGGGACUAACUUCAAGUUUACCUUCAACAAGAGGCUAAACCUCAAUUUGUUCUAACAUCUUUUAUAUUCUGUGCUGAAGUGGCUACUGAACACCGCUCUGUGAACACCACAUUCAAAAAUCAAAAUUUUUUUCAGAAAUACCGCAUGGAGGGAGGAAUGGAAAACUGUCGCAGACCUUAAUUCUCUGCAGAACUGUGUAUGUCAGUAAAAGCACUUAAUCUGGUUGAUUGCGGAAAUCUCGGAUCUUGAGGCCAAAGAUAAAUCUGAUUAGAGAUUAGGUCUGCAUGUCGAAAGACAAUUAAAAAAAAAGGGGAUCAUCAAGAAUCCCCAUCCAAGGAGUGUAGUUCAGUCUCAGUAAACCGGACACGCCGGCUAAGUGCACAGCUGUACACUGAUUUUUUUCAGGAAAUGGACCUGACUCUGCAAAGCAGUGUUCAAAUUGUCUUGUUUACAUUUUCUUAGUAAUGCUGCAUAUGUGCACUACCUCUGAAUGGUGCUAAGCAGAGAACAUAUCACGGGAAUAACAGACACUGUUUAAAAUCUAUAUUUUUUUCUUUCUUUUUUUUUUUUGCUUAGCAGCAUUAGUUCCUUGCUUUACUCCAGUUACUUCAGAAAAGUAGGAUUAAUUUUACCCAUGAUGUUGAACACUUGGGAACAGCGAGCAGAGUUUUGUGUUAGAUCCUGGAGUCAGUUCGGCUCGUGUCCGCUCUCCUGGCUGCACAACCCAGCCAGAAAGCGGCUGCAGCUGCUUAUGUCACGAUACUCGCAGUACCUCUAGACACUGCCGAUGGAAGUGGGUUUUCACACCGUGUGGGGUCUCGUAGCCUGCCCGCCACAACCUCUCAGGGACCUGUAGCUGCCAGUUCUGCCUCCCCACUGCUGGCAGCUCAUCCUCGGACCAAAGAAACACAAGCCUAAUUUAUACCCACUUUCUUCCCUGUUGCCGGGUCUUGCCCAAGCAAAGCUCAGCUGCGACAGUGCGUCUGGCAGUUUGUGUCAUUUUCAGAUACAGGCAUGGGAAGGAGGAGUAACCAUCAAAGGUGUUUUAGAUUUGGGGUGGGGGGAAACAGAAGAGUUGUCAAAAAGAUUCCCUUAAUGGAACCGGUAGGGAGAAUGGUCUGCGUAGCAAAGGACAGACCACCUGAGCUGCUGCCAGAAGCGACAAAAAGGUUCGUUCGAGAGGAUCUUGCUUUCCCUUAGGUAUGCACGUCAUGCGAAUAGUGAGCGCGCCUGGCUUGCCCCAGAACUCUGCUCCGGUUGCCGUAGGCUUCUCAAGGUCAGCAUUAGGUGUGUGUUCCGUGAACACAGCCAAAGUUCUGGCGGUCUACAAACCCCGUGUCCUUUCCAUCUUCACAGCUCUAGAGGUUUGGUAUCGGUGUUAGUCAUCAGUAGUGGCUGAUCAACAACACUCCCUAUUUUUUCCUGCCAUCAGUUCCUAGCACCUGUGGUAUUUGUGUAACAAAGUUGUGAGCUGGGUUUUGGGGUUUUUCUUUCUUUUCUUUUAACUUCAAAGUAGUUUCAGACCUUGUCUGUCCCUGCCCUGGGGAUUCUUACCUGCUCUCAUCCGGCAGUGUGUCAGCCGCUCUUGCUUCCACUAGAUUGAGAAUAGCAACCUAGAAGUUUUCUUGGAAGACAACUUGCAUUUCUGUGGCUGUGGCAAUUCUUGAAGAGGAAGAAUUUUUUUCCCAGUAGAUCAAGAAGGAGGCAGAGUCCAGGACCUUCACAAACAAUACCUGCAUCCAGGUGCUAAGGGGAGAGGAAAAGCUGCACUGACAAGGUAUGUUGAAGUAUAAUCUGCCUUUAUGGAUUUCCGCCUUUUUAGUUAAAUAUGGUCAUGCAGAUAUUUGCAAACUUUAAGAUUUUCAGAGAGGGAACAAGACUUUUGAAAUUCUCCAAGUCUGGAUUGUGUUCUGUUAAAUGAUGACAGGAAUUUUCUGUAAACAAAAAAGAAAUGGGAAGCAAAAUGAUCCGGUACUUCCCUGCAAGAGAAGCAUCACAGGCCUUACCUGUGGAUGGAAAAGUAAAGAUUAAAUCUACUUUCUCUGCAUCUGAAAAUACUGCUAUUUUUGUAACUCCAGCAGUGUUGUUUCUCAGGAAUUUGCAGCAAUGGGAACCAGAAAUGUAUCAGUGGAAGGAAGGCACGGUGCUGUCUUUGACUUUCGCUUAGUGAGAGGAGCCAGGACAGUGAUGCGCAGUUGAGCGACUCAGGUCAUAUCUAGCGUGAGCAUCCCGCGGAGCCCCCGCUGCCCCGGCUCCCUGCUGCGCCCUCCUACAUGUGUGGCAGCCGGACCAGGCCUGGCUGCGCUCGCCCCCUGUCCCAGGAGCAGCCCCGGGGGGUUUGUCACCCUUUGUUCAGAAGCUGCUGGUUCGAACUGUAGCCCCCAUCGUCACAGGUUGAGCCCUUUUGCUCCAGAGAUCCCGAGCAGAGAAGACAGAGGGGAAAUUUCAUUCUGCAGAUCCAGAAGAUGAGUAACACGCUGGUUUGGUAUAAGCACCUUUUCCCCACCUCUUUGAAAGAAAAAGGAGUUAUGAAAGCUUUAUUUGGGGUAGUUAUUGUUACCAUUUGGAAACCUACAAGUCAAAACUUUGUUAUCCUAUAUUUCUUAUUUUUCCUUUUGUGUCUCUGUGCUCUUUUCUCCUGCGUAACUUGGGGCACCAAGCACAUGUUUACGAUAAAUGUAAGGAAGUCCUAAACUGCUUAUGGAAUGAGAUACAUGAACAUCCAGUGUGCUGCUCACCAGGCAGGCACGUCAGCAACCCGAACAAAAAAACACAUAAAGGGUAUCCAUAGAUAUGGGGUGCUGUCUGAUGUGCAUGAACAUCCCUUAGCCUCGGCGAAGGAGUUGGCCAGGCAAAGAAGCCAAGAGAAGAGGCAGUGGGGAAGCACCAGGAAUGUUCUAAACAAGCAUUACUGAAGCAUGCCACCAGGGAGCAUUUGGAAUCAAAGCUGGCUAAAACAGAGAGCAGUGCAAGUGUUCUCAGAAAACAGGAGUCUGUGUACUCUUUAUUGAGGAUGGCUGCAUUGCAGAAGUAGAAAAUUCCUAUAAGGCAUGUUUAACUCCUCAAGUCAAAAUGCAGUAGUGUGUCAGGAUUGGCAGGCCGUUUUCAGAACAGAUUCAGAGCUGAUUUUUUCUGCUAAAACAAAGGAAUCCUACACCAGGCAGCAAAAAUUGCCAUCCAGCCUGAGGAUUUCUGUCAGCUAGGGUAGGAGACAGAUGUUUUGCAAAGGAAUUAAAGCAACAUUUUGCAAUUUCCCUGAGAGAACCAGUACCAAGAGGAGAACAGAUCUCUCCGCAAAUUGCCUGAGUCAGACUGGGACAUCCAGCUACAAGACUUACGUCUGGACUGGCCGGACGGGCAGGCAGUGAACUGUGCUGUAGGUCCAAAGGUUUUUUAAGGGACUUGUGACAGUUUGGCCAAAUUCCAGUAAUGAAGCUGUAACAAGGAUCUAUGUAUCUAAAAACAAAACGCAGAAGGAAUUAGGGCUCCACAGAGCACAGCAGCAGUCAGCCCCGUCGCUGAGAAACCAACUGCACUGGGGGCUCUCCGAGUAUCCAAACAUGCGAUCUCCUCCGUGACCCUGGCAGAAAGGAGGGUUUGCUUACGGGAUAAAAGCAAAGGGGUUAACCAGCCACUGAGGCAGGUUUUACAGCUCAGGAGUAGCUACCAGGUGGCUGUGGAAUUUACUGUGACGUUUUAAGUGUCUCUUUUCAAUGCGCUGCACCAGAAAAGGGAGCCGCUACUUCAGGAGGAUGGAAGCUGACGUCCAUGACCCCAGUAAGCAUAGCUCUGUGCCUUAUAUUGGGUAAAAGCUGGGGCAUAGCGACUUGGAAAGUAGCCACGUGGUGACGGGGGUAUGUCAAGGGGUCAGGCCUUCACCAGCCGGAAGUUCUUGAGGUAUAAGAGAAGAAAUUCUAAUUUCCAGUAUUUCAGUAUAUUAGAACAUUUUUUUUAAGGAAAGCCCAUGACUUGCUGUUGCAAUGACAUGUUGAUGGGCUCACGGAAAACAUCUUGGUGUCCUGUUGGGAGUCAGCCAGGCUUCUUCCACUGGUGAGCUCCAAAGGGGGCAGGAGAUAAAUUUUACCUUCCAUCACCGAACCAAGCUGGUACUGCCAGUGCCAAACACUCCCUCAUUCAGAAGCAUCCCUGAAACCGUGAGCAUCCACUAAGGACUGCAGGAGAUUGGCGUCCCAGGGCGUGGAAAGGCCGGAAGACUUGAGCUCUGCUGGCUGGCAGCAGGAGCCAGGCUUUUCCCAGGGGGCUGAUGCAGUCUUGACACAUGCUGGUUGGGACGCAGAGCUUCUGUUUAAAGCCUCUUAUUGCAAAUUGAGUUUAAAAGUUGAAGACUUGAAGGUUGCGGUGUUUGGUUUUUUUCUGUGAAAUGGGACACAGCACUGACUUGCAACUGUAACUGCUUUUGAGUAUUUAAAUGUGCUUUAGAUGUAGUAUGUGUUAGUUUGCAUACCAGUCUAAACAAAGCAUGUCCUGGUAGGCAACCUGCAGCUCACGUUCUCCCUGAAAACAUAGCCUGAACAGAAACUACUUUUUUUUUUUUAAGGAAAAGUGACAGACUUCAUCUCCUGAACAAUUUGCUCUAUCAAUCAGGCAUGGUUAACUAACGCUACCUUUCACUGAGGGCAAGUCCUGCGCUCCUCCCAUCUUUUCCCAGAAUGGAUUAAAUGAUUGUAGACAUGCUCCAAGCGUCAGUUCGCUGGUCUGCAGCUUUUCUUGAUCCUGUCUGCUGGCCACAGGCACCGGAGGAACGGCCCACGAACGGCCAGGCCUCGCAAAGGCCAGCAGGCUGACCCACCGAGCUGAUGACCGAGCAGGGCAAGGGGGUGAGGUGAUGGGACACACAAAAUGCUGUUGCAGAGCGGGUGGAAGUAAUUUGUUCGUACAGUGGUAGUGGGCAGGAGAACAAAUAAUGAACGACCUUAUGUUUCAGCUUUGGUACUAAUACUAAGAGAAGCCUUCAACCAGCAGGCACUGCAAUGCAUCACUUGGAGAGGCUGUGACCUUCCGUCAGUAGAAACCUUCAGGAAACUAUUACAGGAAUGACACAGGUGUAUGUGCUCCAGCAACAAAAGGAUAGGACGUGUGAUUUUUUUUUUAAUAGUCUUAUUUUUUAAUGCCAAUUCAAGACAAUUUUUUGGUUUUUUGUUUUUUUAACACAUCACUAUAAAUCAAGAGCAGUGUGCCACGGCUUCUUUGUCAAAUUGUUUUUGCGGGACUCUGUCCGGUCCAACAGUCACUUUACUCACAGCAAGUGAGUGCGGGGAGAAAAAGGCCAUCACUUCAUGAUGCUUUAUAUGAAGUUGAUUCAUAAAACAUUUGUGUUGUUUAAAUUGUGCAGUUAACAUGCAUGGCAGUUCGAGCAUGCAUUGAUGAUUUUGUACGGUAAGAGCUCAGUUACACUCCUGAAAUUUAAUGGGAUUAAAAUAAAGUACUGAGGAAGAAAAAGUACAGUUAAUAUAAAUUUUUUGUAUGAAUUGCAUGAAUCUUCUUUUUUUCUUAUUCCUGUGACUUCUAAGCAGCAAUAUACAGGGGGAGCAUGAUGCAAAUUAGAGUUGUUGUUUAAGAUAAAAGAAUGAAGUAAACAGAGAUUUUUGUUUGAAAGACUAUGAAUGUGCUUGGCCUUAUAUAAGCCAUAUGGGGCAUAGUGAGAUAGCUCAGAGAAGUCAAGUCUAUUUUCUUCCAUGGUGAGGAGAAAGAGUGAAAAGAAGGUAAUACAGACGAUUUGUCUGUGACACAAGCGUCCCCAACAAACAUCCCACAGACAGCACACAAAUACGGUAGGAACAAAGGGAUAAGGCAGCAGAUGCAGGGAAUGAUCUUGAAUGUAAUUUUUGUUUUGUGUUGGGUUUUUUCCCUCCAGAGUUUUGGUUGAUUAAAGAGGGGAGCGUGAACACCAGCACUAACGCAGACAGGCAGCAGCUGUCACAGCACAGAUAAGAAUCUCUGCCUGUUUUUAUCCACCAGCCCUUCCUGCCGAGGCAAGGUUUCAAGGGAGAUGUGCUGCCUUUGGGCUGGGGAAAGCCUGGACAGUCAGCAUGAGAGUGGUGAAGAUUUGCAUAACAUUAAGAGAAGGCAGGAGGGACCCAGAGCCUCGGUGCAAAAGGGGGAAAGGGCAGAAGGCACCUCUGUGGGAAGAAGGCAGGUCUGCAGCUCUGCGGGAUGGAGAGUGGGACAGAAGCUUGUAGCAUCGCUGGGAGGAGCAAGGCAGGUUACGUGGUGAUGCUGCUACGGCUUCCUGGCAAAACCUCUGGAAUCUUCUGCUGUAGCACAGUUUGUGUCAGCAAAGCAGUGCUCAGAACAGUUAAAUGGCUGACAUGACACGUCUGAAGUUUACAGAGGCUAUUUUAUCGUUAGGUUAAUUACAUCCCUCCCUCCUCCUAAAAGGUAAAAACACAGUGGUAAAACUCCAUAGCACUAGAGCUGGAUAAGUGAUCUGUGACACGAGCAUAAAGCUGGGGCUCUGGUGGCGGCGGCGAGAUGCUGGUGGUUUGGUGAUUCAGGUACUGCAUCAGUCCAAGAUUCCUGUAAGCUCCCUCCUACGGCAGGAAGAGGAACGCCUGUGAAACGGGCUUCUCCCUGCGAUGGGAAGCAGCAGUAAGAACUGCUGAGAGAAAGAACAGUGCAUCGGUUUUGGAAAAAGAGAUCUGACCAACUCCCUUACCAUUUGUGCUUCCGUGCCUUCUCCCCAUCCCCUCUGCUGAGUAUUAAGCGGUGUAACAGAAGCAAACCGUACACAUACCAAUGGUUUCUGUCAGAACAAGGGCGGUGGUUUAUUUCUGCAAGUUUGAGGACUGUGGCCCAGUGGCUAUUUAUUUACAAUGUACCUUUCCUUUACAUCUGACAUGUAACUAACAUGAAAAAAAAAAUUAAUAAAUGAUGGUUCUACCCAUCUCCCAUCUUUUAUGUGUUGUACAAACAUUCAGGUCUUAUUCCCAGUAGCAUACCACCACCUUCCAAGUGUGCCUACAGAUACACUCACUAAUUUGCAAUUCUGGUGCGUGCAUUAAAUUUAAAAUUAAAAAGCUGUAGUAAUACCCGUAAGAGGCAUAAAAAAGCAGCUAGUUAUCUACUGAAGCCCAUGCCAAAGUAGACGCCAGCUGACGGUAGCAAAUACCCUUACACAGGAGUCAGUCCCGCAGGGCAGAAGGUGUGACAUCACCCGCCGCAGGGUCACACAUGCUGCCAAGGGCACAGCCACAGCGUUGGGAACAGACCUGGGCUACAAAUAUAAACCUAGUCCUUCACAAGAAAAGUCAGCGAUGACCAAAGAACUUGCUUAUUUCAAAACACAUCUCCUGCUCGUUCUAGAUGUUCUGCCACAACCCAAAAUUAGCAGCACACACCGUCAUCAGCAGAAGUGAAAAACACUAGAAAACCUGAGCCAGACAGGCCUCGGACUUGGGUUAAGACACUUGGCAGUGUAGAUUUGUACUGCAAAUCCAACCUUUGUUUCACUUUGUUAUUGGAAAUGUCAUACCUUUUUCUUGUUUUCUCAGGAUUGUAAUUGCACGAAAAAGUUCCUGUUCCAGAAACACACUGAGAAUUUCUUUUUUUCUCAUGUUAAGGGACAUAGAAACAACCUGCACUGACUCACCUGUAGUUCUUGUACCAGAAACACAGGAGUAAAAGGAAAAAGAUGCACAAUGCAAACAUACCUCGUUCUUAAGAU